AUGGAUAUUGUAGCUCGUUGGCCCGGGUCUUGCCAUGAUCAAACAAUAUUUAAAAAAUCAAAGGUAUAUACCCAAUUAAUCAGUGGCAAAUGGGGAAAUGGUUUGAUUGUAGCGGACAGUGGUUAUGCUAAUUCUCGUCACAUUGUCACACCUUUCAUUAAUCCUCAAAAUCGCAUUGAACAGCUGUACAACGAAUCAAUUAUAAGAACUAGAAAUCCUGUAGAAAGGUCAUAUGGAGUUCUAAAACGCAGAUUUCCAGUAUUAUCUUUAGGAUUACGGUUAAAGUUACAAACAACUCAGGCAGUUAUUGUUGCUUGCUGUGUUUUACACAACAUUGCUUGUGACAACAAUGAUCUAGAUCCACCAAAAUUAUUAGAUUUAUUUUUACCAGAAAAUGAAAAUAUAAAUAUAAUAGAAGAACUGAUUGAAGAAGGAAAUGCAAGACAACAAUUAGUGGUUGAUUACUUUGCACAUUUGUAG